CAAUGGAAACCCAUGCACUGUACCAUUUGACAGAAGAUCGUUGUUGCAAGUAAAUGGGUCAGGAUUCGCGGUGGAAAAUCCGCGAAAGGAGAGCGAAAGGCGACUUACCGGCAAGAAAAACCGGUUUCUCUUACGAGAAGUGCUAAUAAGGGGUCAACAUUAACCCCCCGGAACUUCCAGAUUUUGGAACCUUAGAUUUUACAGUGGCUACGUACGAAGACGAUUCAUUCUUUGAAUUACCAUGGCAAUCUACGUAUCCAAGCUAUCACUCGAGGCACUCAUUAAUGAUGUCGCCAAUAAAAGAAGUCGACAGGAUUGGGGCGACCUGCCCUUUCCCUGUCGACCUGGUGGAGGGUAUAGAAGUGAAGAAGGAGGUAUUUUUAGUGGAGCAACAGUGGGAGAAUGCUGCACCACAGAGCGUCACCCAUCAGAGUGGCCUGUUUAACACGGAAAUGGACAUGACUUCAGGACUGACCACAGCGGAUAGUGUCAUCGACAGUACCAGGAUGGACCCGUCGGCAACCAGCACCGUGGACCUCGCAGAGCUCUUCCCAGACCUCCAGGAAAUCCUCAACACCAAGCCUGACGUUGAGGGUGUGUCAUCGCCCAUAGCAACUGAAGGAGACGGAGUGGCGGACCUCAGCGACUUCGCCCCGUCUCCGGAAGAACCGAAGGGUGGACUCGAUGGAGGCAGAAGGGGCCAGCUCGCCUCGACCUCAUCUUGUAGCGAGAUGAGCGAUUACGAGGAAGGGCUGAGCCCCGCCGAGGUGGACUCCACGUUGGAGCAUUUCUUCAACACGUUCACCGACUUAGAAGAGUUUCUGGUUCCGGCUGAAGAGACUGGUCCUACAUCUACUGUCGAUGCUGCCGCUGUGCGAAGCCUGAUUGAUAACCCAACGACUACUGACAACCAAUCGUCUCUUGAUUACCUGUUGACUACGAAAGAUGAUUCUUUUGCUCUGUCUACAGCCAACGUCACAACACAAGUCAAGUCUGAAGAUGUGGAAGAGGAGAAUACCUGCCACGUAGCUAAGAAGUCGCGAACCUCGAAAAGCGGAGCCUCCAGAGUGACGGCUUGUUCCGAAGAUGACGUAUACCGUCGACGCCGAGUCAAGAAUAAUGUCGCGUGUAAGCGAGCGCGCCAAAACAGGAAGAAGCGGGAAAAUGAUCUGGCAUUAACCGCUGUAACCCUGGAAAAGGAAAAUGCAGAGUUGAGGGCGAAGAUCGAAGAACUGACGGAGAUUGCUGAAAUCUCAAGACGUGCUUUGAUCACAGUGCUAGCUAAGUAAAGGGAAUGUAUCUUCCCUUUGGAGCAGAGCUCAAAUGCAUGUUGCUUAUUUAAUGGUGAAUAGGUAUUAAAAAGGCUGUACAAGUGAAGUCUUGCAUAUAGCUUGCCUGAUAUGGCACUUAUCCUGUUACAUCCCUUCUGUCUUACUUCCUCUGUGAUCUGCCUCCAUGACAUAAUCUUAGUAAGAGUUAAGAUUUGCCCCUCCCUAAAACACAAAAAAUAUGUAGUAUGAUACAUAUGAGUGCAGGUAAUGUAAUUGCUUGCUUUGUUAAUGGCAGGGGGUUGUGGCAGGCUGUGAGGCUGACGAAUUGUUGUGCAAGACAAACUUGAUACAUGGCCUUUGACCUUAAACACCUUAAGCAAAGGACAGUGUCAUUAAAACCUGUGAUGCACAGUGCAUAUUUGUGUUCAUAUAAAAAUAUGAAUUGUUAAGUUGUAAAUAAGAUUUAUGAUUUAAAUAGUUUUAAACAAAGAAAAAAAAAGUUUAACUCUACUUAUGUUUUACUAUUUUUAGUUGUGAAAUGAGAUUACUCGGAUUAAUUACACACAUGUGAUAUGCCAUAUUUUGGUAUUUUGUAAAAAAGAAACAUCGCAUAGUUUGUUUAUGUUUGUUUUCUUAAGUUGGUAGAAAUAACUUGCUUAGUUUUGAGAUUCUUGAAAGCAAUUUUAUAUACAUCAAUCUAAUCUGAAUUAAACUGAUAUAAUCCAAGCAACACUGAUACAUUUGCUUCUAAGUGUUGCUUGGAAAAAUACCAACUUAUUUUUGUUACUUUUAUUUAUGAGGCCAUUGUGGGGUCAUUGACCACAUGUGGUGGAUUUAAUUAUUUUACAGAUGCACUAUUGUGUUUUAAUAAUAAUAUAAUUGUGUGCAUUUUUGCACAUGAAUGGGGAAUGCACAUAAUAUUUUUUACAUCCCUUUUUUUUUUUGGGGGGGGGCAUCUAAUGAAAACUACAUACAGGAAGAUUAUAUGUUUGUUUUCAGAUAAACUCAUGAUGAUCCCAAUUACAGAUUCAUUAUUGAUGCUUUAGGUUGAAACUUCAGUCUAUGUUUUGGACAGGAAAUUCACUUUAACAUUUUUUGUAAUUAUAGUGCGAAAAUUAUGGGAUGAUUGGGAUAUUUUUGUACAGAUCUGUAUUGCAUCUCAGUUAUGGGGGGGGGGGGGGGGGGGGUAAUUAAGUAAGUUUAAAUUAAAUGGCUUGUUUGACUAUGGUUCAUCAAAUAAUGAAUAUUUGAGGUAACUUUGUGUGCGAGUUGUCAAUAUGCAAGAAAAUAAUAUCUGGGGCAUAUUUUGCAGAAUUUUGGGGGAUAAUCUCUGAUGCAAUAUCAUUUUUUUAUAUUCCUGUUGAACAGGUCUUUUUCAUGUAGCAAAACUUAAUGUUUCACUUGGUAUCUCGAUGUCACAAUUUAUUCAUCACGGCAUGGUUGUGUGUCAUUUAUUUUCACUAUGUGGAAAGAAUGUACAAGAACGCUAAAUUACUGUCACUUCAUUAUAAGAACAAUUCAUUCCUUUCCAAACUAAAUAUAAUAUAAAACAAGGUGUACAUUAACGUGAGCAUAUGUGCUUUUGGAAUCAUGUUAAUUUGCCAUUUAAACUGAUGAAAUUCAAUAUUCAAUGAAAGUCUCUUACCUGUGUACUACCGUUAAAAGGGGUAUUCUCCCUAUUCUCUAAUGCGCUGAUUUCCAUAUUCAUGUGAAAGCAUACAUUCUGGUUUUCUUUACUUUGGGUCCGGUGCUCAAAAAAAUAGCAAAUUUUUUUCUGCCUAUUUGAUAAAUUUAUUUACAAGUCCCAAGUCGGAAGUAUUUUUUCUCCAUGACUUCAAUCAUGCUUUGGGAAUGUUAUUCAUUUGCUGCGAUCAUGUAUAUCAUUAUGCAACUUUCAUCCUUUUAAAACGGCUGCAAAGAUCAAUUUCCUUUUUUUAAAUCAUAGAACUAAAAAACUCACCAAUGUUUAAUUCAUGUAAAAUUGAUUGUAUAUAAUUGCUCAGGGAAAUUUAAUGUAUAUAUUUGUGAUUUCAAAAUAAAUUGAAGAUCAAGGUUUUCAGGUUAGAGCAAGCCAUAUAUAAAUGAAUUGUGAAUAUAUUGAUUUGUAUGAAUAUAUCCUAUAGCUUUCCAUUCCUUGUAUAUUUGAAGUUUUUAGAAAUGAAGAUAGACCUUGAAUUUUGUGAGUUAAUUUCUUUUAUGAUUUCAACAAUAUAUGUCUCAAACGUCAACUGAAUGAUUUAGAUGACAGUCAAGCAAUAUAUCAUGCAAUGUCAUUUACGUAUGUGAUAUGCACAAAUUUUAUUUAAACUGAAGUACAUUUCUGAAAGUACUUAUAAAUUUUCAUAUUUGGUGGGCGGGGGGGGGGGGGUUAAACACACAGCAGUGACUCUCAUUUUGUAAUUUGAGAAUACAUCUGGUACCAAUAGUAUAUAGGCUUUCCCACAUCAAUUAUUUUUGUUAAUAUAAUAGAAUAAAAAAAGAUCUGUGCAAAAUAUGAAAAGUGUGUAUCAUUGUGUUUUUCCAAUGACCAAUACAUAUAUACUAUUGUCUUCUCAAAUUCUGAUUAUCUAUUCUAAUUUGAUAUUGUGAAAAGAUAGAAUAAACUAUUCAUGAAAGAGAA